UCUCCUCCCGGUUACAUCCCGCUCCGUGUGCCUGACAUUUUUCCUGCUGAACCUCGCCUAUGUGACGCCUGUUUCACACAGCUCGGGAUGUGUGUUCCUGUGAAUACCGCCAUUUCUUCUGAGCUGUCACUCGGAUGAGAGCGUUUCUUUCUUCUGGAGCAUCUUUGACCGAACACAUCUCCUCAUCUGAGAUGUCCGCGUGAGCGCCCGUUCUCCCGUCGCACAUCGAACCCCUCCUUACCCACCGACAUUCCCGCAAUACAAAGGAGCGGUGCGACACACCUGAAAGCUUGUUGGAUGGUGUGUUCUGGUUGGAUAUCCACACUUACAAUUCCUUUGAUUCGACUGCAGCAAGAGCAGAAUGUGGACCCAGACUGCCUAGCAAGCCAGAGCUUCUGAGGAUUUCUACAUUUUGAGAGCCAUUGCUACAUAUUAAUCAAUCCUUCUGCUGCUCAGCCAAGGACAUCUGCCAUGGAAAUUCUGCUUCUCUAUGUGGCGGUGCUUGCUGUGCCCAUGUCUGCCAUGCUGUGCCCCAAACGUUGCACAUGUCAGAACCUGCUGCCCUCCUACACUGUCCUGUGUGCCAAGACAGGACUGCUGUUUGUGCCUCCCAACAUCGAUCGGCGCACAGCUGAGUUGCGGUUGAUGGACAAUUUCAUCACCACAUUACGGCACAAAGACUUUGCCAACAUGUCCAGUCUCAUCCACCUCACUCUGUCACGCAACACUAUCAGCCAGAUCAAGCCUUAUGCCUUCUCUGACCUGCAAGACCUGCAUGCCCUGCACCUGGACAGCAACCGACUGACCGCCCUGGAUGACACCCACUUUCAAGGCUUAGUUAACCUGCGCCACCUAAUUCUUAGCAACAACCAGCUACAGCAUAUCACUGAGGGGGCCUUUCAGGACUUUCUAGAUACACUGGAAGACCUUGACCUUUCUUACAACAAUUUAGCGGACAUUCCCUGGGAGACGGUGAGCCUGCUAACCAGUGUUAACACCCUCAGCUUGGAUCACAAUCUCAUUGAGUUUGUCCCGGAGGGCAUAUUUUCCAAUUUGCACAAGCUCGCUCGUCUGGACAUGACAUCCAAUAAGCUGAAGAAGAUACCACCAGACCCACUCUUUUUGCGCAUCCCAGUCUACGCUAAGAUGAAGGGGUCACCACUUACAGCAUUAGUGCUCAGUUUUGGGGGGAACCCUCUACACUGCAACUGCGAGCUGGUGUGGCUGAGGCGACUGACCCGUGAGGAUGACCUGGAGACAUGCGCUUCACCCCGAGAACUUGCUGGCAAGUACUUCUGGACCAUUCGAGAAGAGGAGUUUGUCUGUGAGCCACCUAUGAUCACACGCCACACCUCCAAAAUGUUUGUGAUGGCAGGGCAGGAAGUGAGCUUGCGCUGCAAGUCAGUGGGUGAUCCUGAACCCUCUACCCAUUGGGUAAGCCCAGAAGGAAAGGUAAUCGGCAACACUUCACGUACCAUCUGUUAUGAAAAUGGCUCCCUGGACAUCUUGGCCACCACUGUUAAAGACUCGGGUGUCUUCACUUGCAUUGCAUCCAAUGCAGCAGGUGAAGCCACUGCCUCUGUAGAGCUGGUGGUCAACCCUUCGCCCCACUUUGACCCGAAGCUGGAGCCAGAGCCAGGCCCCUCAGACAUUCCUACCUCCAUGAAGUCCAAUGCCAGUGGCAGCCAAACACGUCCUGAACAGCAGUCGGUCACUGUGUCAGAGCUCACUUCCUCGUCUGCCACUAUUCACUGGCCUCCGCAGAACCACAUCCCAGGGAUGCGCAUGUACCAGAUCCAGUAUAACAGCUCAUCUGACGACAUCCUUAUUUACAGGAUGAUCCCAGCCUCACAUAAGCUCUUCCUGCUGAGUGACCUGGCUUCAUCUCGGGACUACGAUUUGUGUGUCUUGGCAGUGUAUGACGAUGGAAUUACCGCACUGACAGCCACCCGUCUGGUGGGCUGCGUGGCCUUCACCACCGAGCGAGAGUACCGCCAGUGCCGCUCCAUCCAUGACCAGUUUCUGGGGGGCACCAUGAUCAUUAUCAUUGGUGGCAUUAUUGUUGCUUCUGUGCUGGUCUUUAUCUUUAUCCUCCUCAUGAAGUACAAGCUCCACAACAACCACUACAAGCAGAAGGCUGCCAAGGUGAGCAACGUGUGCUUGCAGACAAAUGGGGGCCAGGCUGGGGUGCCGCCGCCACCCACCUUAUCUGCAAGUUCGGCCAGCAAGCCCCCACUGAGGACCACAAGCUCCAGCAGUGACAGGGUGUCACAUGACCCCCCCCAGACGCAAGAGUGCUGCCCUUUUAAAGGGACCACAGUGGUAGACUUGAACCCAGAGUACAAGAAGACUUUCGUUGAGGACGACACUGUAUCACAAUAACACAGGGACUAGCCUCAUUUUCUGGUGCUCCACUUGCCUUACCAAGGAUUUUAUUGUGUCCAAGGUGAGACUGGUUCAUGCAUGCACCUAGCUAAGAUUCACGGUCAUGCAUAUUGAUGGGACUAUCUCAGCUGAUUAACGGUUCUGCUGUCACCCCUCUUCUCAUUUAGGGAGCUGCGCUAAGUCAGUGCCUUGUUUGCGCAUCAGUGACCCUACGGUAUUUGCGUAGGGUGGUUGACAGGAAGGAUGGAGUAUGACCAGUAAGGUUUUGAAUGGUUGAAAUUGUGGUCUGACCUUUCCUUGAUAUUUUUUAGUUGCCAAAUUAUACUGGGAUUCUGUGUCAGUAUCACUGUCUAUUAAUGUGAAAAAAGUCAGGAUACUCAUACAACAAUGCUGUGUUUCCUCAAUGUGGUCAAAUAAACCAGGCAAACUAAAGGCAGCCUUCCAGUCCCCUGAUGAGAUGCUAUCUUUUGACAUUUCAAUUUCACUAAAUCAGUCAUUACCACCUCCAUUCCAUCUCCAGGUAAUUUUUUUUUUUUUUUUUUUGUAUUUAAUAAUAGAAUAGGGCAGAAAUAGGGCACUUCCUGCCCCAUCUUUGUCCUAAUGCAAGCCAAUCUGCUGGGAUAUAUGUGCACCCCUUGCUGCAUGCUUGACUUUGACACCUAA